AUGACAUCUGCUACGACGACGUCGAGCCCCUUUCCUUCAGGGUUUGUGAUGGAGGUCACUGCUCUAAGUCAAACAAAACGUCGAAGGGCCGAAACUCAAGGCUAUGUCAGCUUUGGCGACGAGGAUCAAGCCGGUUUGACCGACUCUAAAAGCUCGGCUUCGAUCUUCUUUCUUUAUGGCGAUUUCUUAGUGACAGAUGAUGAGUACGUGGGAAGCCGCAGUGACUCGAAAGAUUCACCGCUCAUCAAAUCUGGUACUCCACCAACUGGAUUUCAGUUUUGGACUUUCCCCGCCGGUCUCGGCGAGGUCGAAGGUGCCGGAGGCUUUUGCCUUCUGGGUAGCACGGUGUAUGUUGUGAUUGACCAGUCUACUUGCGAAUACCCGAUCAAUCUUGUGCAAAGAGCUCCUCCGGCAGUGUCAACAUCUUCAACGACAACGACCGCGACAUCGCAGCCUACAAGCUCUGUGGUCAGCACGACAACGGAAGCAACCACAAGCACUUCCGCCAGCACAGCAUCUACUAGUGAGACCGCCACAUCUACUUUGGCCACCUCGUCCAGUGAGACAACCAGUAGCACAUCAAGCCAGGUCACUUCGUCCAGCGAAACCAGCACUUCUACAUCGACCCAAUCUUCAAGCACUUACGCGUCCACUACAUCGAGCGAGACCAGCACGGCUACGUCGAGCCAGACAACAACCUCCGGUGAGGCCACCACGACUGCGAGCACAUCCGAGUCUACCACGUCGACCCAAGCAUCGAGCACAACCGAGUCCACAACGAGUUCGUCAUCCAGCGAGACCACCACGGUGACGACGAUGACGACGACGACCAGCACGCAGACGACUACCACGACAAGCGCUACACCAACGUCUACCGUGAUUCCUGGAUACUGUGAAGUAGGAGAAUAUCAAUUCUCCACGGAAGAUUAUGAUUAUUAUGUCUGUCCCGAUUCUGAUGUCCACGGCUACGACUUGUUCUAUACUUCACAGGAUACUUACGAGGGUUGCGCCGCUCAAUGCGAUACGUAUGAAUCUUGCGCCGGAUGGUCUACUCCCAUCGUUGAUGGUACAGGGUUAUGCAAUCUCAAGACCGUUACAGACGCAUCCACAAGAUCAGAGAGCGACACUUACAAUAUGUGGUUCAAGAUCGCAAAGCCGCCUACGUCUACCACAACGACGAGCACGACCAUGAGCACGACAACAACAACUACCACCAUGACCACUACCACGACUACUGCCAAUAAUUCCCCAACCUGCACAGCCAUGUCGAAUCCGUAUACGGCAACCAAUAGCGACAAGUUCGAUCUUCAAUGCAACACUCAGACUGGUGGCACCCAAAUUGGAGCUGUUCAAAACAGCGACUCCUUCGCCGAUUGCAUGGAAUUAUGUGCCGGCGUUGCAGAGUGCCAAUACGCCCAGUACCAGUUCACCGAGUUACCUGCCGACCCGCCCCUUCAACCAGACCCUGAGACCGUGCAAACCUGCACGCUAUACUCUGACAGCAACGGAUCGCAGGGAUCAGCUGGUUUCGAUCUCGGCCACAAGCUUCAACCCGUGACAGGAACUUGCACAGACCAAAGCGAUCCGUUCACGACCAGCUCCGGCGUGCAAUUUAACACUCUCUGCGGUCAGGACUGGAAUGGAAACUACCUAAACAUCGGUCCUGCUGCCGAUUACGGUGCCUGUGCAGAAAUAUGUGGGCAAGACAGUGAGUGCAUUGGCUUCCUUUAUAACUCGGGAACCUGUUACCCAAUAAGUGGCGGGAUGUCGCAUAAUUCCUACUACGACGGCCCCGACUUCAAUAGCGGUGUAAAAUAUCAGCCUUGA